ACUAGUCUGCAGUUACUAGGCUCGCUUUUACUAUUUUUCGGACUCAGUUCUGUUGAAAUAAGGCUCGAUUGGCAUUCGUUUCCAUCGAAGUUAGAUUUUUUUAAGCAAACCGCGGAUUUGUGAAUGCGGUGGAGUGACGUUUUUAAUCCUAGAUCAGCGACCUUUCUGAAAGGAUUUGUGUGAAUGGUUUGUUGCGGUGGAGUUCUUUGGAGCAAAGUGGAUUCGUGAUAAAUGUUGUAAUCCCCAAGUCUUCCUCAUAUAAACGCGUUGAAAAGUGAAUUGAAUAAUAGUGUCCUAGUUGUGUAGUAUGUAUGUAUGAAGAACGGCGAACCUAUUUUUAGAAGAAUUUGCCUGCGAGUAGCUAGGUUGGGCCUUACAGCUGAACGGCAGAAUCUGAAAAAGAAUCACAUAAAGCAGCUGGUGAAAAUUCGCAUCGACAUCCGGAUUUAAGCUUCCUUUCGAAGUGUAUGCAAACUCCAACUACUGUGUAGAUUGUGAAAAAUGCUACCGCAUUUCGAGUGUAACGGAGACAAUAGUGGUAGCGCUAAAGAAAAUAUCCUUCCUCAAAAAGUUAUUGAUGUACAUAAUGAAAACAAUGGACACGCUAAUGAAUUUUAUAUGUCGGCAACAGAAUUAUCACAAAAGUCAACACCUAGUUGCUCGGUAUUUAGUACACCCACUUCCGAUGGUCUAAAAUUAGCGGGAAUAUCAUUAUCGAAUUCGUUACAAACACCAUCGUUGCCCUCGCUGUCAUUAUCGUCUUCUUCGUCCGCAUCAUCAACGUCCUCGACGACAUCGUUAUCAACAUCAAAUGGAACAACGACUUCAAAUAAGUUGAAUGGCAACUCUGUGCAAUCAGAAUAUCUACUGCAAUGGAAGGAUAUGCCAAAUCAUCUUCAGUUUAAUCCGUACGUGCUGACAGGAUACCGUCCAUUACAAAGCUUCAAGGGGUGUGUGUUUAGUCUGUUUUAUUGGCAUAACGAGACUGUUAACAUAUUAACUCACGGAAUUCCCAUCGUAUACAUUCUAUACACCGUACCAGCAUUGAUACCAUGGGAAAAAGAUUUUCGCUUCUUAUCACUUUGCCAUUUGUUCGGUGCAGUAGCGCCUUGGUGCGGUAGUUUUGUUUACCAUUUAUUCAUGAAUUUGGAGAAAGGCGAGGAUGUAUAUUACCGACUUUUGAAGAUAGAUAUGCUGGGAAUAUGGGUUAGCCAAAGUUUCGGAGCUUUGCCAAUGAUUACCGCAACAUGCUACUGUUUAAGUAGCAAAUGGAAAUGGAUGACUAUUAUAGCGUACUGUCUUCUCUCAAUCUGGGGGCUGUAUAAGGCUAUGACUGCAGUUUCACCGUGGGAAAGACGACUUUGUUUUCUACUGCCGUUUACGAUGAGAGCCAUUCUUACAUUAUCACGAACAUUUCGAAGGCUUGGCGGAAGCCCAGAAGCUCUUACGCACGUCUACUUGCAGGAUGUUGUAUCAGUUGCAGGAGGAGCUAUCGGUGCAAUGCAUAUUCCGGAGAAAUGGUUUCCGGGAAGGGUAGACUUAUAUUUCAAUUCACACAACAUCAUGCACAUACUUGUUGUUAUUGCAGUCUAUUCAAUGCACCAAGCAACGAUCAGCGACUUCGAGUGGAUGUCGAAAGCUCAAUGCAACUUGAAUAAUGCUUCCAGUGCAAUAGAUAUGACAAUAGAUGCUCACAAUGAACUAUGACCACACCUGAUACAUAGAUCAAUUAUCGAAAUUAGAUUUGUCAGAACAUACCUCUAGGAUACAGAUAUUAAGAAUCGAAGUUAAAUAUUUGAAACCUUUAGUGAUUAUAAAAAUAUAUUUCCAAUAAAAAUCUGCAAAAAAUGCAAAAUAAGUACCAAGUUAAAAAUUAUAUGGAAUAACAUCAAUGCUCAUGAAAGUGAUAUGUAAAAAAUUUAAAUAUGUAAAAACGGAAAUCUGAAUUUUACCUGAAUCCCUUCAAUUGUUUAUGGAUUAGAAACGAAAAUGUUCUCUUGCCUUUCAAAAGUACAAAUUACCCGUUGUACUUAUUUUUAUACAAGAGUCAGAAGAUGCAAUUGAAACAUUAUUACAUUCUCCAACAAGUAAACAUUAUUUAUUAUCGUGUAAUGAAGUUAGGACUUCUUUUAAGCUUACUUAAAGUUUAGCCUCUGAAAAUUACAUUCGUAUUUGGCAACAAUUGAAAAGAGGAAGGUUCAAUAUACUAGAUUUCAAGUUACUUAAAAUGAAUCCGAAUAAGAAUCUUACCGUAACGACACUAACAAAUAGAAUUGUCUUGGACUGUGGUAUUAAAUAUUAAGAAUGUAAAAUAGGAAACUUAAAAAUAGAAUUUCGCGCUUUACAUUUAGAGAUGUAACCGGCCUUUCCAGUCGCUUUACUCCGCGAAUGGUAGUGAAUAUUGUUUGAUUUGUAUUUGAUAAUUCGCUUUUAAAAACGCCUAAAUAAAAUCGAAUCGCUACGCUCUCUUAAAAAUCCGUUUCCGUUUCUUCCACUAGAACCGUGUCGGGGAAAAUGCAUGUAUUAUACUAUUAUACCUAGAUUAAAAUUGCAUGGAUGAAUCUGUUCAUUUUUACUUUACUUUCGUUUACAUUACUUACAUAAUUG